CAGUAAUUUGGGCAAGAAACACGUUUCAGAACUCGCAUCUCACUCUCGAUCUUCUUCCUAAUUCCUUUCACCGUCUUCUUCUUCUUUCAUCAUGUUCUUCCAUUUUCUCUUCUGCGAACACAAAUCUUCCUUCCAAAUCGCCGUUUCUUCAACCACGUACUGAUUUUAUCCUUCACAUCUCACUCGCUGUAACCAUGGCGAAUUGGAUCUCCUCCAAACUCAAAGCCGCCGAGAACAUUCUCCAUCAGAUCGAUCAGCAAGCGGCGGAAUCGCUUCGGAAGAACGACGAGAGGCUUCAAUUAGAGGAACAAGCCAGUAUCGAUGCUCCUGUGAAACCAGGGAGCGUUGUGCCUCUGAAGGAUCAAUUGAAGAAUCAAUUGAAGAAGAAAACCCCUGAGAAUAAUGAUUAUAAUGGAAAAUUGCGGAGUGAUCCUAAUUUCAGCGUGCUUAAAAAAACUACAUCACCGAUUGUACCCAAGCAUUCCCCCAAUUCUAGUCCUACAAUUACGGACGGUGAUUGGACUGAACUUCUUAGUUCACCUACUCAGCCUACAGCUUCUGCUUCUGGGGGGAAUCAUGGUAACGGUGUACCUGCUGCUCGGUUUUUACGGCAAAAUAGUAGGAAGCAGAAGGGUUCACCUGUGUCUGAUGUAAAGAGGAGUCAUAAAAGUGGUAGCAGUGGUUCAAGGACUUUGCAGAGAUUAGACUCUGUUAAAGGAGCUAAAUUGAGUGGAAAAGCCAGUGAUGAUGGGAAGGAAUCUACCUCUCCGGGUUCGAGUGAUAGGCAGUCUAAUGUAGAAUCGGAAACCGAUGGUACUAGAGGACAGGAAUAUGUUAGCAAUAGCAGUCCUGAUAAGCCCACGACUAAGGUCAACAAUAAGGAAAAGGAAGAUCGUGAGCAACAAUUUAAUUAUAGGGACUUCUCUUCACCUGAAUCUUUACGGGAAGAUGACAAAAAUACCGCUGCAGAGGCAAUACCAGUAAGGGGGGUUGAUAAAGUGCGUGCAGCUAAGAUCCCAGUUGAUGUUGGCAGUCGUCUGAAAAAUGUGAUAAAAGGGAGGCGUGAGCUUAAUUCAGCAUCUGACAAUUUAACAUCCAGUGAUUUGAAAAGGGGUUCUUCCAUGGUAAGUGGCGAAAGUUCUGAUUCAGAUACAGAGUCCGGUUCAACAUCUGAUUCUGAAAGUGAGCAUGAGAGGGAAGAAAGGAGAAAGAAGAGAGAAAGGAUCCUAGCUGAGAGAGCCGCAGCUAAUGCAAUGAUUGCUAUCAAGGAAAAGGAGAAUAUAGUGGCCAAAUUAGAGGGGGAGAAACAAAGUCUAGAGAAAAUACUUGAGGAGCGAGCUAACCAACAGGCACAAGAGGCUUCACAGCUUCAGAGUACUAUGAUGGAAACAAUGGAAGCUGUUGAGUUAGAAAAGCAAAAACAUAAUAAUACUAGAAUGGAAAUUCUUACACGGUUAGCUAAACUGGAGACUGCUAAUGCUGAUCUUGCAAGAUCCCUCGCAGCUGUACAGUGGAACCUUGAAGUAGAGGCCAAAGAAGUAGCAGAACUCAGACAAAAAAUUGCAUUGAAAGAAUCUGUUCUCGAAGAGCUCAAAAAGAGUACGAGGAAUCCUCAUCAAACUGGAGCUUUACGAAAUCAACUAGCUUCAAAAGGAGUUGAGUUUGAACGAGAAAUUCUUGAGGCUGAGCACUCUUUUGUUAAUGAUAAAGUUGCACAGUUACAGGAAAAGGCAAGGAAGCUAGAAACUGACAUCGAAAUGACAAGGAAGGAGAUAGAAGAGCCGUCGGAAGUAGAGUUUGAGCUUAAGCGAAGGCUUAAUCAAAUGACUGAUCAUUUAAUACAGAAACAAUCUAAGGUUGAAUCACUCUCUUCGGAGAAGGCAAGCCUUACAUUUAGAAUUGAGGCAGUAUCAAGGUUGCUGGAGGAGAACACGUCAGUGUCAGCUAUGAAUCCUGCCUCAUCAUCAAGUGACUUAGAAUCUGGAAUGUGGGAGCUCUCUAAUUCAAAAUUGAAGCCUAUGCUAAAAGCCAGAAUUCACUCUGGCAAAAAACAGCUAGGGUCAUUGCUUCAACAAUUAGAUUAUAUUUUUGUGACUGGUGCACUUGUUUUAAAAAGGAACCCAACGGCCAAACUAUGGGCUGUGAUUUACCUUGUUUGCCUUCAUUUGUGGGUGAUUUACAUUCUGACAUCACAUUCCGGCCCAUCGGGAGAAGGUAAAUCUGGUGCUGUAAUCUCAUUGGAGAACAUCAAUAACACGGGAGGAGUAUGAUUGUGUUGUGAUGUAUAUUAUAGCUUUUCAUUUUCCUUGGAUUUUAACUUGUCUUCAGUACAUUGGAUAUGAUGUGUUACACUGGAGUGCAUCAAGCAUACGCAGUCAACAUGUAGAAAUGUUGCAAAAUACUUAGCCAUAACCACAAAAAUGUAAUAAUGAUGAAGGAAAAUAUAGGACUGUAUACCUUCCUAUCUCCAUGAGUUCAAUCUCAUUGGAUUUGUGGAAGAUAACUCGAGAACAAGGUACUCCAUCAGAGAUAAGCCAUGUCCUGCUGUAUUUUUAUUGAAGAAUGGAUGAUUUGGGUUUGCAUUUUCAAUGCUUGUCAUAUGAUAAAAGUAAGUACUAGUAUUCAGCAUGUACAGUAUAGCAGCGGAUGCAUUGAUGCAACCACAGAAUGAGCCUCUAGUCGGUGGCUUUGAAGGACAUAGUUGUGUUGUGAGUGCACUGUUAAUUAAAGAUGCAGCUUGCAGUUUCAGGAUUAUUAUCGUUUGAAUUUGUAAAGAAGAAGCGAUUCAUUUUUGGUAUAUAUACAGUUAUUAGUUAUAUAUUCA